AUGGCGGCUUCCGUUGACAACCGUCAGUUCGGCGGUCACAUAAACGGCGUCGUUCGCAGUUGCGGACAGGAUUUCAAGCCCCCUAUGCCGUUGAAUUUCGAUCUGGAUUCCUCCAGCAGCGACGACGACGACGAAAACAACGACGCUUCGUACCUGAAAGACUUCGUACGAAAAGCGAACGCGGAAACCGAGGCGUCGGUCAUGGACCCGCGCGACGAGGGAACCGCGGAUCAGUGGAUCGCACGGAACGCUUCCAUGGUCCGGCUCACAGGGAAGCACCCCUUCAACGCGGAGUCCCCCCUUCCGCGCCUCAUGCACCACGGCUUCAUCACCCCGGUCCCACUCCACUACGUCCGCAACCACGGUCCAGUUCCCAAGGCCAAGUGGGAUGAGUGGACCGUCGAAAUAACCGGUCUAGUCAAGCGUCCAACCCGGUUCACCAUGGACCAACUCGUGUGCGACUUCCCCCACCGCGAGUUCCCCGUCACGCUCGUCUGCGCCGGGAACCGCCGCAAGGAGCAGAACAUGGUCAAGCAGACUAUCGGCUUCAACUGGGGCUCAGCCGGCGCCUCCACCUCCGUGUGGCGUGGCGUGCCCCUGCGCCACGUGCUGCACCGCUGCGGGAUCCUGACACGUGCGAAGGGCGCGCUGCACGUGUGCUUCGAGGGCGCCGAGAAUCUCCCCGGCGGCGGCGGGUCCAAGUACGGAACCAGCGUGUCGAGGGAGAUGGCCAUGGAUCCUUCGCGCGACAUCAUCGUGGCGUACAUGCAAAACGGCGAGCCUCUGGCGCCGGAUCACGGGUUCCCCGUUCGCAUGAUUAUUCCCGGUUUUAUCGGUGGAAGAAUGGUGAAGUGGCUCAAACGCAUUGUCGUUACUGAACAUGAGUGCAACAGUCAUUAUCAUUACAAGGAUAACAGAGUUCUCCCUUCCCAUGUCGAUGCAGAACUUGCCAAUGAAGAAGGUUGGUGGUAUAAGCCAGAGUAUAUCAUCAAUGAGUUGAAUAUUAACUCAGUGAUUACGACGCCGUGUCACGAUGAGAUAUUGCCCAUCAACUCAUGGACCACGCAGAGGCCUUAUGUACUCCGAGGCUACGCAUAUUCUGGUGGUGGGAGGAAAGUGACACGUGUGGAGGUAACACUGGACGGAGGAGAAACGUGGCACGUGUGCACAUUGGACCAUCCUGAGAAGCCUAGCAAAUAUGGAAAGUACUGGUGCUGGUGCUUCUGGUCUUUGGAGGUGGAGGUGCUCGACCUGCUGGGGAUCAAAGAGAUUGCAGUUCGAGCUUGGGAUGAAGGCCUCAACACGCAGCCAGAAAACCUAAUUUGGAAUGUUAUGGGCAUGAUGAACAACUGUUGGUUUAGAGUGAAAACCAAUGUGUGCAAGCCCCACAAGGGUGAGAUUGGCAUAGUGUUUGAACACCCAACCCAGCCAGGAAACCAACCUGGUGGCUGGAUGGCGAAGGAAAAACAUUUGGAAAAAUCACAAGAACCGAAACCAAACCUUAAAAAGAGUGUGUCUACGCCAUUCAUGAACACUGCCUCAAAAAUGUUCUCCAUCUCCGAAGUCCAAAAGCAUAGCAGCCCUGCCUCGGCUUGGAUCAUUGUCCAUGGUCACGUUUACGACUGCACCAGCUUCCUCAAAGAUCACCCUGGUGGCACCGACAGCAUCCUCAUCAAUGCCGGCACUGACUGCACCGAAGAGUUUGACGCCAUCCACUCUGACAAAGCAAAGAAAAUGCUCGAAGGCUAUCGAAUCGGCGAGCUCAUCACUACAGGUUACACCUCAGACUCGUCGCCGAACAACUCCGUGCAUGGAAAUUCCGAACUCACCCAUCUGGCUCCUAUUAAGGAAAUCACCACUACACCACCCCUGCCACCACGCAGCGUGGGUUCACCACCCCUAUCAGCACGCAGCGUGGCUCUCAACCCACGGGAGAAAAUCCCAUGCAAGCUAGUGUCAAAGACCUCCAUUUCUCACGACGUCAGGCUUUUCCGUUUCGCACUACCCUCAGAGGACCAACUCCUAGGUUUACCAGUGGGUAAGCACAUUUUCUUGUGCGCCACCGUGGAUGGCAAGCUAUGCAUGCGAGCCUACACUCCAACAAGUGGCGUGGACGAAGUGGGGUUCUUCGAUUUGCUCAUCAAGGUUUACUUCAAAGGCGUGCACCCCAAGUUCCCGAACGGAGGGCUCAUGUCACAGCAUUUGGAGUCUCUCUCCAUUGGCUCCAUGCUGGAGGUGAAGGGUCCAUUGGGACACAUAGAGUACACCGGCAGAGGUAACUUCACGGUUCAUGGGAAACAGAGAUUCGCAAAGAGGUUAGCUAUGCUAGCUGGUGGAACCGGGAUCACACCAAUUUACCAAGUGGCACAAGCGAUCCUGAAAGACCCAGAGGACUGCACAGAAAUGCAUGUGGUGUAUGCAAACCGCACAGAGGAUGAUAUUUUGCUGAGAGAGGAAUUGGAUGCAUGGGCGAAGGAACAUAGUGAGCGGUUCAAGGUGUGGUACGUCGUGGAAACCGCGAAGGAAGGGUGGGGAUACGGUGUAGGGUUCAUCACAGAAAGUAUCAUGAGGGAGCACCUUCCAGAAGCUUCGAGGGAUGCCUUGGCACUGACGUGUGGACCACCACCCAUGAUUCAGUUCGCGGUGCAGCCUAAUUUGGAGAAGAUGGGGUACGAUGUGAAGAAUGAUUUGCUCGUGUUUUAG